AUGCCGAUAUAUUCUUCCCCCUCCCCAGUGGCCCUCAGCGGAGAUGACGGCUGGUCCAUGAACGUGCAGUCGGAGGUCCGAGCCAUGGAGGGCUACCCGGUGGUGCUGCCCUGCACGUUUAGCCACCCUCAGCACUCCCAGCAUUCCUCCCUGCAGGUGCUGUGGCGUCUGGGCCACGGUCAGAGCGCCACUGUCUUGUACCGCUGCACCAGCCGGCUCGGGGCCCCCACCUGCGACCCGGGGCCCCAGCAGGACCAGCGCUACAGACUGGAGGGCAACCCAAGGGAACACGACCUGUCACUGCGGAUCAACAGCGCCAACCUGCAGGACAGCGGACGCUACUACUGCCGGGUGGAGGUUCAGGGACGAGAACACAUCAGCUUUGAGGACAAGAUGGGGACCAGGCUGAGAGUGGAGGCUCCUCCAAAGAUCCUGGCGCUGUCGGUGGAGGGCAGUGAGCAGUCUGGGUACAGAGCCCUGUGUCGGGUCCAGGGCUCCCCGCUGCCGGACGUCCAGUGGCUCGGCCCCGACGACCUGCUGGAGGGUGUUGCGGUCGGUCCGCUGGCUCAGGGCUCCGCUGCUCUCUACCACACUGUCAGCCAGCUGAGAGACGUGGAGCCAGGCCAGCAGUACACCUGCAGUGCCUCCAACCCGCUGGGCAAAGAGCAGGCCACCCUGUAUGUCCUGCCCCCCCAGCCCCCGCUGUACAUGAGCGGGGCCUCGCCUCCUCUACUGCUCCUCCUGUCGGUGUCUCUCGGGGCCAAGGUCCUCCUGCUGGUGGGGAUGGGGGUCUGGAUGGUGCAGGGAGGAGCUCUGCAGGGAGUCAGCUGCUGGUGGAAAUAACCUGCACUGAAAUAAACUAAUGUAUAUACUUUAUGUAACACUGACGCCCCUUACUUGGCAUUUAUAAGCAUUUAAUAGAUAUUUAUAAACUGUCAAUCACUGUUUAUUAAUGUGUUUGCAAAAGCUAUAACCCGUCAUGUGGACAGCCAUAAGUGGAGGCCUUUGCAGCAGGUUGAACAGUUUCCUGGACAGAUCUGUAUAAUGUACUGAAUUAAUGUCCUUGAAAUAAAUGCUCAAUUUAAAAUGAGCAAAUAUU